GCGGUCUUGUGGACAAUAAGACAACAUCAAAAAGAGGCAAAUUCAUUUCGCAUCUUGUCCUUCUAUUCUCCUUGCAGUAAUGAUCUAAUUCGAGCAGUAAGGUUUGCGUGUCUUGAAAAGCAUUCUGCAUCUUUGGCAUAAAUGGACUGCCGUUGUCCUUCGGCGUCCAACGUCAGAGCCCAAAGGUGUACAGGACUAUGAUUGUCAACAUCAUUUAAUUCCAAUCCAAGGGCGCAUUUGCACCGUCUCUAUUUGAGUCAUGUCGAGCUGACCUAUCGUAUUUAUCACUAUAAUUCAAUCAUUUACAUCCAUGAUAGACCAAAUCUCUUUUUCCUAUUGACCGUACCCCCAAUUGUUUCAAUAAUGGACGAUCUUGCGGGCCUUAGUUGGAAGGCCGGCUCAUUGAAUGAUUCCAACAAGCCCAACACGACCAAUUUUGGAGCUCUGUAUGGCGUCAGCAGACCAACCCCGCCUCCUGCUAUGUCGGGUAGAUCGACUCCCUUGUCAAACUUAGCUUCCGGUAGUCGAACUGGCCUUUCUACCGGCACCGCUUCCUCUACAAAGUCAAAUACUCCUGUCAACGACAGCUUCUCGAACUUAGUAUCCUUUGGCCGAUCGAAGUCUCCCAAUAAUCUUUCUUUGCAGGAGCGACAAAAGCGUCUGCAGGAACAAAAGGCAAAGGAUGAUGCAGAGCAGAGGAAGCUUUAUGAUGCUCACUUCGGGGUCGAUAAUCAAUUCUGGAGUACUCUGGAGAGCGGAAAAGGGACACCAACGUCAACUGCAGCCUCGAUCCACACGCCGCCAGCAUCAUCUGGGACACCUCUCUCAGCCGCAAAUAUACCAUCUUUGACACAGAUGCCGCUGGCAACACUCAACGGGGACAAGCGGGAGACAAUCCAUUCAGCCGCUGCUGAUGGUGAUUUGCUUGCGGCUUUUUCCUCCGCUGCUCCUGUUGACGCAUCAAGUCAUUUUCCCCCUCCGCCUGAAACCUCUGCAAGUCCUGCAGACGCAUCAAUUAGUCGAGCCUCGCCUGGCCAGGCUGAGUGGUCUGCCCAUUCUAAUCUACUCAACGCCGACGAUGAUGACCCUUUUGGUUUAGGUCAUCCCACAAGGCAGGAGCGCCAAACAGCGGCAACACCUGUCCAGGCAGGUGGCGGUAAUGACGAUGAUGAUGUCUUGGGGCUACUCGGAAAACCGGUUUCCGAGCUAGUUCCACCAAAGAAACAAAGCCCGCCACCGGUACGUGAGGAGGAAGAGCAUGAAGGCGAGCCGCCGCUGCCAGCAAGUGGGCUGGAUAGAGAGGUAGCAGAGCUUGUCGAUAUGGGUUUCCCAGCCAAAAAGGCAAGACAGGCCGUUGAAGCGACAGGUAAUGACAUACAAUCGGCUGUAGGCUGGCUUCUGAACAAGGCACAUGAGGAGGCACGACAGAAGACUCUUCAAAAGCCAGAGUCACGGACCCGUUCUGCAAGGCAGGAUAAUCGCUCUACAGAAAGAGAGACGGAUGUUGAACGAAGACAUAGGGAUGGACGGGAGACUGCGUCCAUGCCCGCCUGGAUGAAACCCGAACGCCGGGGCAGCCCGGCGCAACGAGUCUCUGGGGACAACACCCCCGGCGAAAGUGAUAAAGAUAUUGCGCAAUACGCAUCAGAGAUUGGUGUGAGUCUUUUCAAAUCUGCCAAUACACUAUGGAAAACUGGCCAAAGAAGGGUACAAGCGGCCGUUGCAGAUUUCCAUCAUGAGACGGAUCCGAGCCAGCCAAAAUGGAUGAGAGACGCACAAAUAGAAGCCCAAAUGCAUAAGAAAGUACCUUCUCGUCACCAGGGCCAAAGAGAGCAUUCUAGUCGUGCAGACAAUGGCAAGCCGGACGGUUUACCACCUCGGCCGAACCCUGUCUUGCAGAAAAACAUGACUGACGAGGCUUUAAUGCUGGAAUCGGGUGAUUCGAGGCCUCAAAGCAGAACAAACGCUCCAUAUACCCGACGUGCUGAGGCUAGAUCGGCUUCUCCAAGCUUGGAGCAUGAAACAAAAGCACCUGCAGCUCGGGACGUACGCUCCGAACCGCUACCGUCGCAGCCACGAUUUCUACAACAACGCCAGGAGCGGCGACCGGCUUCAAAACUUAGCCGCCAAGCUGUAGAAGAACAAUCAGCGCAGGCAUAUAUUAGCCCGGCCAGACGCAGGAAAGCCGCGCCAAAAGUCGAGGCUGAGGAGCCGGAUCUUCUCGGCAGUGGUGGUGCCAGAUCCAAAGCUUCCGCACCAACCGCCACCCCACCCCCGCUUCAGUCCAAUAAUCCAUUCCUACAAAAGAGCACUGCUGGCACUACAGCAUCUUCGUCAAGUUCUACUCGAACCUCCACACCUCUUCCCACUCGGCCCAAAGCACUACCUCGCCAAAUCCCCCAGAUCUCUCCGCAGGUAAUCUCAGAUUCAGCAGCUCAUCGUGGAAAAGGCACCGACGCAUUCAAGCGUGGAGAUUAUGCAUUAGCUCAUGAGUCCUAUUCUCGAGCUUUAUCACCUCUUCCUCAGACUCAUCCUAUCGCGAUUAUUGUUCUUUGUAAUCGUGCCCUGACUAAUCUCAAGAUUGGCGAUCCGAAAGCCUCCGUGGCCGAUGCAGAUCUGGCUCUAUCCAUUAUCGGAGUAUCUCGCGGUGCGGGCGAGACAAUCGAUCUUGGCAAUGGUGAAGCCCAUAAGGACAUGGCAGAAUUUUAUGGCAAGGCCCUCAUGCGCAAAGCUGAGGCGCUGGAGCAGAUGGAGCGAUGGAAGGAAGCAGGAAGUAUUUGGCGGGAAGCAGUUGCAGUUGGUGUUGGAGGCGCUACUAGCAUCCAGGGCCGAAACAGAUGCGACAAGGCCCUUGGGGGUGAUGCCGGUUCCUCGAGAUCGUCUUCGAGACCAUCUGCUCCAGCUGUAGCCCCCAGGCGGGCCGCGGCAUCAAGCGCGGGAACUCCUGUCGCACGCCCUUCAACGUUACCUGCGAAACCUAGCGCAGCAGUCAAUCUGCUGCGCGCUGCCAAUGCAGCUGCUGAAAAGGCUGACGAUGAGAAAUUUGCCCUGGCCGAUCAAGUCGAGGCUCGGAUAUUAGCUUGGCGAGGAGGGAAGCAGGACAAUCUCCGCGCACUAAUUGGCAGUCUCGACACAGUUCUCUGGCCAGAAGCGGGUUGGAAAAAGGUCGGAAUGCACGAGCUUGUUAUGCCUAACAAAGUCAAGAUUGCUUACAUGAAAGGCAUUGCCAAGGUUCAUCCUGACAAGCUCUCCACAUCCGCUACGACCGAGCAAAGAAUGAUCAGCGCGGCAGUAUUCAGCACACUAAACGAAGCAUGGGACAAGUUCAAGAAAGAAAAUAACCUUUAGACGUAUUGUUUAAAAUGGGCUCCACUACAUUUUGCCUUGAGAAAUAUCUUGCUCUUUACGCGCCGUAAAAUUAUGGUCAAGUCUUGCAUUUUUGGCGUCAUUUCUUUCUUUUUACGUCAUCAUCCAUUAUCCUUUAAACUUACUGUAUGCUACGAUUUUUACGAUUCUGAGACAAGCUACGUUGAGCAAAAUUUUGGAUCCAUCAGCAAUAUCAUUUAUGGCAUCCCUAAAGGCAUGCCAAUUCAUUUGUCCAUUACGCAAAACGAUCACGGG